AGAGGUGUCUUUCCUUGCAGCUUCUAGGUGGGUUUCCUUGAAACUUCUAAUAGAGCAUAUCUGGUUCAGGUGUAUUUCCUUAAAAAGUAUGGGAAAUCAUACUUCAUGUGUGGUUCCUAAUCCUAAUCCUAAGCAUACCUCCAUUCAAUUACUUCAUUCAGAUGGGAGUAUGGAGAUUCUUAACAGACCAAUACUUGCAAGUGUAAUCAUGGAGGAUUUGCCUGAGCAUGUAGUCUGUCAUUCAGAUUCUUUUUACAUAGGGCAAAAAAUACCAGCUCUUUCUCCCAAGGAAGAACUCAAGAUGGGUCACAAGUAUUUCCUUUUGCCCAAACAGUCCUUUCAGUCUGUUCUGUCUCUGGUUUCAUUGGCUUCAUUUAUUUCUCCCCCUAAAACUGUUAUUCCUUCUCAUGGGGCUUCAAACUUCAGUUUUAAUACAGUCAGGGCACCCAUCUUGAAGAACCCAUUUGAAAUAGAAAAGAGUGAUGGAGGCCUUCGGAUCAAAGUCUGUUCAGAGUUUAUUUCAAAGCUUAUUGAAGAUGGGAGAUUCAGCAAUAAGGAACGUGAGAUUAGUGCAGAAUCAGAUCAGGGUUUGUGCAAUACUCCUCAGUUGCAGAAAGAUUAUGCCCAGUUGGUCACAUCAAGAAACCAGGUUUGGAAGCCAAAGCUUGAUACUAUUCAGGAAAAGGAGAAACUAGUUAGUAGAUUUAAAAUCAACAGGAGCCAUAAGGCCUGUCUGUCAAGUCGUUGAUUAAUGGACUUGAUGAAGAUGUAGUUUUUUAUAUUGAUUAGUGCUCUUAUAGAUUGGUUUCAGCAUUAGAUCUUGAAUGAGAUUUUGGGCAUGCUGAAAAAAAAAUUAUCUGGUCUUGGAGAUUGACCAUUUGUUGUAAAGUAUUUAGAUCCAUUGGCCGUUGUAAAUAUGAAAGGUAUGAGAAUCGCUGCA